AUGAUUCUCUCCCCUGCUCUUAUUGCUGUGCCUCUCCCCAUCCUGGCAUUUUAUGCUGGGCCUUGGAUGCUGGAGGAGGCAGCCAUGUGGCCUCCACUCUCCCACUUUUCUAUCCAGCCUGAGGACAUAGAUGACAUCCAGGUACUUGGAGACAAAGUAAAGAAACCAGGUAAAUGUGGUUGGAAGCCAGCCAAAAUUUACUUGAAGGCAAAGCUUGAGAGAAGCCUACAGAGUGCAAGAGAAUUUAGGGUCAGAAAAAAGUUGAGAUAUCAAUAUCUGAAAGAAUUAGUGUCUUUCUGGGAGAGAGCCAUCUGGACUUUCAGAGAACUGGAAAUGUGCAAGCAAUGAUGCAUGUCAAUGGAUCAAGGAAAAAUCCUCUCUGAAAUAAAAGCUCUCUUAACUGGAAAGUUAUCAAGCAAAUCUCAGCAGAACUCAAGCCAAUAUUCAAAGCCUCUACAAACAGAAACUAAUCCUGGUGAAAAUCAUUUCCAUCUAAACUCAUGA